UUUGUGUAUAUACAGGGAUAUUUUAAUUAUUUUUUCUUUAAUAUAUAUUUGUUAGCAGUAUGUUAUGAAGUCAAUGAUUCCAAAGCAUUAUACAAUCUAAAUGAAAGAAUACAAGGUUGUUGUUUUGGGUUCAGGGGGUGUUGGAAAGAGCGCUUUGACUGUUCAGUUUGUUUCAAAUCAGUUUUUAGAAAAAUAUGAUCCCACAAUAGAAGACUUUUACAGAAAAGAAAUUGAUGUUGAUAGUUGUCCUUCUAUAUUAGAAAUUCUUGAUACCGCUGGAACAGAACAAUUUGCCUCAAUGAGAGAUUUAUAUAUAAAGAAUGGACAAGGUUUUCUUUUAGUAUAUUCAAUAACAAACCACCAAACUCUACAAGAUUUACAGCCAAUGAGAGAUCAAAUAGUUCGCUUAAAAGGUCAGACAAAUGUGCCAAUAAUAUUAGUAGGCAACAAGCGAGAUAUAUAUGAUGAACGAGAAGUGACUCCAGAAGAAGGGGAAACUCUUGCUGAAAAAUGGCAUGCCCCGUUUUUUGAAACUUCAGCUAAAACAAAAUUCAAUGUUAAUGAAGUAUUUGCUGAAAUUGUAAGACGAAUCAAUGUUUUAAAUAAUGAAUUAAAUCGAAAAUCAUGCUGCAAUAUUAUAUAAAGUUGCAACCUCGUGGUUUUUUUUGCAGUUUGGUACAAUGAUUUAAAUUAAUUCAAUAUUAAUUACCAUUGUAACAUACACUGUCUCUCUUGCUGAAACAUUUUUUUAUCCUUUUUGUUAGGUGUUUUAAAUGUCAAACAAUUUUAUGUAAAAAUGUAGCUUUGUUGUAUAAAUAUUAUUUUUUAAGAAAUUUUGCUGCUGUGAGCAUAUAAUUUAAUACAAUUUUCAGUUGCAAAGAAAGGGAUAUUUAUAAA